CGCUUCGCGUGCACGACGUUUCUCGCGACUACGCGAGCCGCAACAAAUGGCGGCGGCGGCGAGUGCUCGUGCGCAGUGUCUGCUUGGCCUCCGCCGCCGUGCGCCGCUGCAGCCUCUUCCGUUCCCUUCCCCAAUCACACGAGCAGUGAUCCGCCGCCGCGGCGUGCGCAUGGCCUCGUCGGAUGGCUCUGGCGCAGCGCCGCCCAGCACGACCAUCGAGGUUCCCGGAGCGGCUGGUCCCGUCCUCGUCGUUGCCGCGCCGGGUCUCCCAGAGGAGGACUUCAGGAACGCGGUGGAUUCCACGCUGUUCAAGCAGUGGCUGAGGAAUCUGCAGACCGAGAAGGGCGUCCUCACCUACGGGAGGUUGAAUCUCACGCGAAUCCUCAUCCAGGGGGUUGACAUGUUCGGGAAACGCGUGGGCUUUCUCAAGUUCAAAGCUGAUGUCGUUGAUGAGGAAACCAAUACCAAGGUUCCAGGAAUUGUCUUUGCAAGAGGGCCUGCUGUUGCUGUGUUGAUUCUUUUGGAGUCUAAAGGGCAAACAUAUGCCGUUCUUACUGAACAGGUUAGAGUUCCUGUUGGAAAAUUUAUACUGGAACUUCCAGCUGGGAUGCUAGAUGAUGAAAAAGGUGAUUUUGUUGGCACCGCGGUCCGUGAGGUUGAAGAAGAAACUGGCAUAAAGUUGAAUUUGGAAGACAUGGUUGAUCUCACUGCACUGCUGGACCCUUCUACUGGACGUAGAAUGUUCCCCUCACCGGGUGGCUGCGACGAAGAGAUGGGCCUGUUCCUAUACAGGGGGCGCGUUGACGAGGAGACCAUAAGAGAACUCCAAGGGAAGGAAACCGGGUUGCGUGACCACGGUGAGCUGAUCAAGCUGCGUGUGGUUCCGUACAACCAGCUCUGGCGAUCAACCUCUGACGGGAAAGCGCUCUGCGCGAUAGCCCUGUACGAGAUGGCCAAGAGGGAUGGCCUCCUGCCGCCGUCCCUGUUGCCCAACUUGUAAGACCUGCCAGCCAAUCGACGUUUUGCUGUAACAACUUUGAUGGCUAUUGCCUGAAACAUGACAGGAAUUGCAUGUUGUACAAACAAAUCAUGUACAUUUGGAGUAUCUUGAGAAAUGAAGGCGUCAGCUUGUGCAUUA